AUGAGCGAAUCAGGUACUAGUAACGAACCAUUGAAGUGGUGGGAGCACUUUGUCAACAACAUGGUCCCCGUACUCAAAAGAGUCAUUUCUUUUAGUAAAAAACUACCAGGGUUCGGCGAAUUGCACCAGCAAGAUCAGAUAACACUGUUGAAGCAAGGGUCAUUUGAAGUUAUACUAACCAGAUAUACAUUGUUAGUCUCGGAUGACGGUAUGUUCUUGCCAGACAUGACAGUAUUGAUACCAAGGAGUAAGUUCGCCUGCAUACCUUUGGGAGAUUUCUUUGAAGAGCAGUACAAAUUUGCCGUUGAAUUCAACAAACUCGAUCUAGAUGACUGUGAAAUCGGCAUUAUCUCGGCUAUAAUGAUUAUGAACCCAGAAAGGCAAGAUCUGGAGAAUGUUAGGACGGUUCAGAAGUUGCAGCACCUCUAUAAGCUGGCUCUCAGUCAGUAUAUGAAGAGAUCGAGACCAGCUACUACUACUACUGCUGUUGCUACUACUACUACUACUACUACUGCUACUACUACUACUACUACUUCUGCUGCUACUACUACUGCUACUACUAAUUUUGUUACAGAUGAUUACAUGCAGCACUACCAAAAAACUGUGGACAUCUUGCCGAGACUGACUCAUAUAAAUGACCUACAUUUGAAAAACCUAAAGCAUCCAGAAUUCACGUUUCAAGGUUUCAAGAAUGAGAUGAACCAAAGAAUCGACGGAGUCCUAAAAAAACUUUACGACAUUUGGUUAGAAAUAGGCAUAAUAAUAAAACAGCGGGAAUCCAGGACUGAGGUCGUCAUUCUGCACAUUAGUAACCUCCUUGAAGAAAUGCUGAGAGAGGAGGAGGGUCUUAAAAGUCGUCUGCUGGAUAACGUGGCCAAGUAUACGAUCAGGGUUUAUGAACUGUCUAAAGAGUUGAAUGUACCCCACGUUGAGCCACCGAAAGAGCUGACGAUUCUGGAAAGAGAGAAAGAGUUGAAAAAUACUUUUGACAAGUUGAGUAAGGAGAAGGCAGGCAGGAUCAGUAGGUGGAAUUCCCUUACCGAAUCCAACAGAAUUAUAUGCUCGAGAUUGAGCGUUGCAACAAACAGCCUACCAAUGAUAUCCGAGGUUCCCUCAUUGAACCAACUGGAACUCUAUGAGAUGCAUGUUCAAAGUCUUGAAAAAGAUUUGGAAAACCGCAUUCAAUCAAUCACUGAUCUCAAGAAAAGUAUCCGGAAAUUAGUGAAAGAACUCGAAUACGAACCAACCGGUAAACAGGAAAAGGAAAUUCUCACCGUAGACAACCAAUCAGAUGAUGGGUUUAUUUAUUCAGCUGAUGUUCUGUAUCAUCACCAAGCUAUGUUGAGCAAGCUGGAGCAAAUAAAGAGAGAAAACCUGGCGACGAUCUCGAGAUUGAGAGCUGAACUACUCUCCAGUCUAGAUUUUCCAAAGUUUGAAGUUUAUAACGACAACAACUACGACCAGAAAAAUGACAAUACCAAGAAUGGGAACUGCAGCGAUGGUGGCUGCCUGUUGAAUCCAGCUGACACCACCACAGGCAAAUUAGGAUUAGGAUUGGCAGGAGUCCAGAAAGAGAGAUGUGCGGAAGAUUAUGAUGAAGAUUAUAGGCUAGCCUUUAAUACUGGCGCUAGCAUUAAACUCGUUAAGAGUCUUCAGACCCAGCUUAACAAUCGGGUCCAGAAGACUAGGAAGGAUUUGGUCAGUAGGCAGAGAGAUCUGCAAGAGCUCUGGACCAAGUGUCAGAUGGGGACGGAGUAUCGGGAGAAGAAUAAGCAUCUUGUGUCAGCCGAGUUCGAUACCAUAAACAUUACCUCAUUGGCCAGAGAGAUAAACACGAUGAACUGCUAUUAUAACAACUAUAAGCAUAUUUUUGAUAAAGUUAAGGCCUUUCAGGAUCUUUUUUCAAGCUAUGUUGCCGUCGAGCUUGAAGGUGAGAUACAGAAUUUGAUUGACGGAAUUAACGCCAAACCUCAAAAUACUUUUACCCUUAGUAGUAGGAACGACACUACCUCUACUUCUACCACCACCACCACCACUAUUACUAUUAGUAGUAGUAAUAACAAUAACGCCAACAAUAUGGGGGUGAGUAAUUUAGGGGGGUUGGUACUAAAGGGUGCUAGCAGUAAUAUUAUUAGUAGUGGUGCUAGCGAGGUUCUCGUUCAGGGUGUCAGGUUUAAAGAGUAUGUAAAAUCUCUGUGGACCGAUCUCAAGAGUGAGAAGUCGUCUGCAGUCGAACCCGGUUCUGGUGCUCCGCCUACAUGGGGUUAUGGGUCUGGAAAAAAGAGUACUUUGAAGUCGCGACAGUUCGACACGACGACGGCCACCACAUCCUCCGGAUCGUCGACCACAUCAAACAACAACAACAACAAUAAAAACAACAACAAAGUUAAUAACAGCAACAACACCAUAUCUGUAACCCCACUGAAAAGGAAGAUUGCCAACAUUACUCCUUCUAAGAUUGCUGCUAAACUACUCAAGUACGAAUCAGAUGGUGGUACGCCUAGCAACAGCCACGACUGCACCACCGUUCGAAGGACCACUCGUUCCACAGCUGCCACUAGGAGCUGUGGCAAAAGCAGCAGCAGCAACGGCGUCUGCGACAAUAUCACCAGCGACGAGCAAGCUGCUACUGCUGGCGCUGCUGCUGUCGGUGCAGCUGCUGGAAAAAUUACGUCAUCAGGAAAUGGAGCUAAUUCAAGAUUUAAGAAACUGACUGACCAAUCACCUCCAAUCUACCCAUCGACCGUCUCGAAGUUUCGAACGGCGACUCGCAGAACGCCGACUUCGUCGGGUAACGCAGCCGCCUCAGUCACCCAAAAGCCCAUCUUGCUACGGGAAAGUCCGGUAAAUGGGAAACCCCAGGCUAACUUAUUGAAAACGGCUAAAAAGGAAAGUAACUGGAAAACCAUGCUCUUGGAAAAUCCAGCUAAAAAUAGCAACACCACCACCAACAAUAACAACAACAAUGGAAGACCACCAUUAAGUCAUCUACCACCCAGAGUGAGAGGUGCUGAUAGUGGUGUGACCACCAUGAUGACGAUGAGAACUAGACAGGAUGGCAAGGAAAAUACAGCGACAACAAUAGCAACAACGAGGAAUAUGGCCAGCAGCAAUAACAACAACAACAAAAUCAACAACAUCAAUAACACUAAUGCCUCCGAUGUAUCGGCUAGCUAUGAAGACUUUUCCAGAGGGUUAGUGCAGAGUGGCAAAUCAUUCAUCUCAAGUAGUGUCAUCAUUCUGCCAAAGAUUUCAACUGCUGCUAACAACAAUAACAAUAAUGUCAAUUUGUGAACUUCUUUCAUUAAUAUUAUUUUUACUGAUAAUAAUUAUUAAUAAUAUUAUUAUAGUUAUUAUUAUUAUUAUAUUUAUUUCAGAGUGUGAUUCCUAUUAUAAUUAUUACUAUUAUUAUUAAUCUCAUUAUUUUUAUGAAUUCAAAAGUUAUUUUUCUUCAAUUAGUUUU